GUGGGCGGGUCGCCGGGGCGGAAGUGCGGCGGCGGAGGAGGCGGUGCGCGGGCGGCUGCCGGGCGGCCAUGAGCUACGAGCAUCGCCGGGAUUGGGGCCGCGGUCGCGGCCGGGGCGGCAGCAGCGAUGGCGGCGCUACCUCCGCCUCCUCGGACGGAGCGGGCCACGGGGGCCGCGGCGGCGGCCGGGGGCGCCACCCCAGCCACCUCAAGGGCCGCGAGAUCGGGCUGUGGUACGCGCGGAAGCAGGGCCAGAAGAGCAAAGAGACGGACCGGCAGCAGAGAGCUGUUGUGCGCAUGGAUGAACGCCGGGAAGAACAGAUCGUGCAGCUGUUGAACACUGUCCAAACUAAAACCGAAAAGGAGCAAGAAGCCAUGUCAUGGUGGUCUGGGGAUGAAGAAGGGCCUACACCAGAACAGCCGGCAAAAGCGAAACCAGAGGCUGAGAAAGCUCCUGUAAGACAGAGACCGGUCUUGGAGAAAACAUUUCUUGAUCAGGAUGUGGAAUAUCUCUUUGAAAAAAAUGAGCAGGAUACUGAUUUAGACGAGCAACUUAAAGAAGACUUAAGAAAGAAGAAAUCUGAUCCUAGAUAUAUUGAAAUGCAGAGAUUCCGAGAGAAACUUCCUUCAUAUGGGAUGAGACAGGAACUUGUAAACCUUAUAAACAAUAAUCGAGUAACAGUGAUAAGCGGUGAAACUGGUUGUGGGAAGACAACCCAAGUUACACAGUUCAUCCUGGAUGAUUACAUAGAGCGAGGGAAGGGCUCGACGUGCAGGAUCGUUUGUACGCAGCCCAGGAGGAUCAGCGCUAUCUCGGUGGCAGAGAGAGUUGCUGCUGAAAGGGCAGAAGCGUGUGGUAAUGGCAGGAGUACAGGAUACCAAAUUCGUCUGCAGAGUCGGUUACCAAGGAAACAAGGUUCAAUUUUAUACUGUACCACAGGAAUUGUCCUACAGUGGCUCCAGUCAGAUAAGCACUUGUCCAGCAUUAGCCAUGUAGUCCUUGAUGAAAUUCAUGAAAGAAAUCUUCAGUCAGAUGUUUUAAUGAGCAUUAUUAAAGAUCUUUUGAAUAUUCGUUUGGAUCUGAAAGUAAUACUGAUGAGCGCAACUUUAAAUGCAGAGAAGUUUUCAGAGUAUUUUGAUCAUUGCCCAAUGAUUCACAUACCUGGGUUCACUUUCCCUGUGGUGGAAUAUCUUCUCGAAGAUGUAAUAGAGAAGUUGAGGUAUACUCCAGAAAACACCGACCGUCGGCCACGGUGGAAGAAAGGCUUCAUGCAAGGGCACGUGAGCAGACCAGAAAAAGAAGAAAAAGAGGAAAUCUACAGGGAACGAUGGCCAGAGUACUUACGGCAGCUGCGGGGCAGGUACUCACCCAGUACUAUAGAUGCCUUGGAAAUGAUGGAUGAUGACAAGGUCGACCUUGACCUUAUAGCAGCACUUAUCAGACACAUUGUUUUGGAAGAAGAGGAUGGUGCAAUUCUAGUGUUUCUUCCAGGCUGGGACAACAUUAGUACUUUGCAUGAUCUCCUGAUGUCACAAGUGAUGUUUAAAUCAGAUAGGUUUAUUAUCAUACCUUUACAUUCACUGAUGCCUACUGUUAACCAGACCCAGGUGUUUAAGAAGACCCCGCCAGGAGUAAGGAAAAUCGUGAUUGCUACCAACAUUGCAGAGACUAGCAUUACGAUAGAUGACGUGGUGUUCGUUAUAGAUGGUGGGAAAAUAAAGGAAACUCACUUUGACACACAGAACAACAUCAGCACAAUGGCAGCAGAGUGGGUUAGUAAAGCUAACGCCAAGCAGAGGAAAGGUCGUGCAGGAAGAGUUCAGCCAGGCCACUGUUACCAUCUAUACAAUGGACUACGUGCCAGCCUUCUAGAUGAUUAUCAGUUACCAGAGAUCUUGAGGACGCCUUUGGAAGAGCUCUGCUUACAAAUCAAGAUUCUAAAGCUUGGUGGAAUUGCUUAUUUUCUGAGCAAGCUAAUGGAUCCACCAUCUCGUGAUGCUGUAAUGUUGGCCAUAAACCAUCUAAUGGAGCUGAAUGCUUUGGACAGACAAGAAGAACUGACUCCCCUAGGUGUGCAUUUAGCACGAUUACCAGUUGAACCGCAUAUUGGAAAAAUGAUACUCUUUGGAGCUUUAUUCUGCUGCUUGGAUCCAGUACUUACGAUUGCAGCUAGCCUCAGCUUCAAAGACCCUUUCGUCAUUCCUCUGGGCAAAGAGAAAGUAGCAGAUGCAAGAAGAAAGGAGCUGUCAAAGAACACUAAAAGCGACCAUCUAACUGUGGUGAAUGCUUUCAUGGGCUGGGAAGAGACUCGGCGCCGUGGUUUCAGAACUGAGAAAGACUAUUGCUGGGAAUAUUUCCUGUCUUCAAAUACGCUCCAGAUGCUGCAUAACAUGAAAGGACAGUUUGCUGAACAUCUCCUUGCAGCUGGAUUUGUGAACAGCAGAGACCCCAAGGAUCCCAAAUCCAAUACCAACUCAGAUAAUGAGAAGUUGCUCAAAGCGGUCAUCUGUGCUGGCUUAUAUCCAAAAGUUGCAAAGAUCCGGCCAAGCUUCAGCAAAAAGAGAAAAAUGGUGAAAGUCUGCACCAAGACAGAUGGAACAGUUAAUAUUCAUCCUAAAUCAGUUAAUGUGGAAGAAACGGAGUUCCAUUAUAACUGGCUUGUUUACCAUUUGAAGAUGAGAACUAGCAGUAUUUACUUAUAUGAUUGUACAGAGGUCUCUCCAUACUGUCUCUUGUUCUUCGGAGGAGAUAUAUCUAUUCAGAAGGAUAAAGAUCAGGAUACAAUCGCUGUGGAUGAAUGGAUUGUUUUCCAGUCUCCGGCAAGAAUAGCAAACUUAGUUAAGAACUUAAGACGAGAGCUUGAUGAUCUUCUACAAGAAAAAAUAGAAAACCCUCAUCCUGUGGACUGGAAUGACAUUAAAUCCAGGGAUACAGCAGUACUGACAGCUAUUAUAGACUUAAUCACAACACAGGAGAAUGAAAGUGCCAGAAACUAUGCUCCACGAUUUCAGAGUGAACGCUAUAGUUGACACACUUUGAUAUCGAAGUAUCGAUAAAGCAAACAUUCACCUUUUUUUGUUUUGUUUUUUUUUUUUUUUAUAGCAUUUAUUUAGGUAGAGGAAAAAGGUGGGGUUUUUUUUUUUUAGGUUAAGCUGGUAAUUCCCUCAUGCUGAAGAGCAGUGAUUGCAAAAUAGUUGUUAAUAUCUGUAUAUGCAUGGUAAUGUGUGUUCAGUGUAGCUUUUUAAAUGAGAGACAAUGCAAUGCUCACAGUGUUAGGUGAUGUAUGGUUUUUGUCGUGCUGUAGCUUUUCUUUUUGUUUUACCCAUCAGGUAACAGUUAGAUAUUAAAAAAACCUGCUAAAAUACUGGUUAAUAAUGCUUAAACUGUUCUUGCUAUUGGUAGAAACAUCUCAAAAGACUUUCUUCUUAAUUGGGGGUGGUGAGCAAUUAUACUUGCUGUGUUAUUGCAGCUCUGCAGCAGUCUUCUCACCAAGGCUUCCACAGAAGGUAAUUAUAGCUUAAUUAAACUAAACUUGAAAAUACUUGCUAAAUUUGUACAGUGGGAGGAAACAGUCUUCAGGAGUACUCUGUUCCUCUGCCUUUCAUUCCAUUCAGUUAAUCUUUCUUCACUUUUAAAGCCUAUCUGUCAUUACUGCUGACAAAUUUCAGACUACAGAAGACAGAGUUAGGUAAAAGUCACGGUGGAAUACACUUUAAGGUGUCAUUCUAAUUAUCGUUAUUUUUAAACUGUCCAUGUAUGGGUUAUAAUAUUACAUUAAAAGCCUUUUCUUUAACGUGUUAUUCCAUAUGUUCUUAGUUCUUCAUGUUUUGAAUGCCAUUCUGUUCUGAAUGCUUCCAAAUAUGUAAGAACAUCACUUAGGAUUUUGAGUGGGGUGUUUAUUUGAGCAAUACAGUUCUGAUGGAGCUGCUGUUCCCUUGGAACCAGGGGGCUCUGGAUGUGGGAUUGGGCUUGGUUCCCUGCUGCUGGGAUCUGGGGCAGGAGAUGGAGCUGAGACAAAGGAUGGCUGUUUAAUAUGGACAGGUGCUGGCAGGCCUCUUACCUGCACUUUGCAGCUGUAGCUCUGCUAUUCAUAGAGUGGUUUGGGUUGGAAGGGACCUUAAAGAUCAUCUAAUUCCAACCCACUAUUCCUGGGAUUAUCCUUGAGGAACAAAGCUCUUACUUUUCCAGGCAAACAAAAUGAUGCACAACCCGUUCUCCUUGGUUUGGUUUGAUUUUAUUCCUUGUGCUUUGCAAAAAUGACCUUGAGUGCCAGGUGCAGGAGGGUUUAUGAGCCUUAUCCUGAAGAACUUGGAACUGCUCAGGUGAAACUGUUUCCAUUAACAGGGAGCAGAGGCUGCCAAGCUCAUUAUAUCUGCCCAGCUGCAAAAAAAACCCCUGUAUAAUUCGACCUCGCUCCCUCUAGUCGGUUUAAUUCAGCCCAGGUGCUGAGGGUGGGGUUCCCAACACUAUCGUGCUCUACGGCAGGUGGAUGCAGGAGGAUAGAGGAAACAAAACCUCCAGGGCUGCCUGGUUGGAGCUGCCUGGGGUGGUUGUGGGGAAGAGCAGAGCUGCGAGAAGCCUCUGGGACCCUCCAGACACUCGGGAUGCCGGUAAGAAGCGUGGGAAGUGGCAGUUCCCCCUGCCUCAGGGUGGGUGCGGAGCUGCUGGAGGUGAGCCCUGGAAUCGAAAGGGGGAAAAGUGAUGAAGUGUGUGGAAAUGGGAAUGUAAUGAGUGUGGUGCAGUAUCUCGG